GCAUGAUCAGCUGAUUGCACGCUGAUUGAUUGUGGAGUUCGCCAACAGAACUUCUGAGAACAACAUAGCCCUAAAAAGUCAAAUUAUUGAUAAUUUCUUCGAGCUCGUCCAAUCUUCCAUUCGAUAAAGAUGUUCCGAGAUAUAGUUGCCCUUCUUCAUUUCUUUAUUCGUGUUACUUUUGCAUAUUUAAAGGCGUUUUAUCGCCUUUUUGUCAGUCCAUCCAAAGUUUCUGUCCGGGGGCGGGUCAUCGUGAUCACCGGUAGCGGAAGCGGUCUAGGCCGGGAGCUAGGCCUUCGCUUUGCUGCUGAAGGAGCCCGGCUCGCGCUAUGGGAUAUCAGCGAUUCGGGCAACAAGAAGACUGCCGAGUUGAUCCAAACUGAGUUACCAGAUGCGGAGCUUCAUCUGUACACAGUAGAUGUUACAAAUAAAGAGCUGGUUAAAACCUCUGCUCUAAGGGUACAGAGUGAAGUAGGAGAUGUGUACAUGCUUAUCAACAAUGCGGGAGUAUUGGUUGGCGAAUCAUUGCUAGAACUCAGAGAUGAUGACAUCAAACGUACCAUCGAGAUCAAUCUCCUCUCGGCAUUCUGGACACUACGGGCGUUUCUGCCUGGGAUGUUGGAGUCCAAUUCCGGUCACAUCGUCACUACCUGCUCGGCUGGUGGACAAAACGCCAUGCAUCGACUCACAGACUACUGCGCUUCUAAGUUUGGUAUUCUUGGUCUAGAUGAGGCGCUGGAGUCUGAGUUGAGGGAUGUGUACCUUAGGUCAGGGAUCAAGCAGACUCUCAUCCUACCCCACUUUCUGGACACCGGACUGAUCCACUCUGUCGAGGCAAGGUGAGGGACUAGUUUAGAAGGUCUAUUUUUAUUUGGUAAAAUGCAAUCAGGGGGGUGUUUCACAAAGAUCCUAAGUUGAACUUAUCUCUAAGUUGGACUUAA